UCUAUUAAACUAAUGCCAGCCAUUUUGAAGCUGUCAUAUCAUCCAUGUUCAUCAGCCUGAAAAGUGUCCAGUUAUGGUUUUAAAUGGCGCUCAGAAGUCUAGAUCCAGUCUCUUGGCUAAAGCAGGAAUACAGCAAACUAAUACAUGAAGCUGCUCUUCUAGAAAGCCACGAUGGUGAACUGCAGAUGAUCACUGAUGCUUCAAGAAGGCACAUAAGUGCCGGUGGUCAAUAUGGUACAAGCCAGAUCAUAAACACAUGUGUCCUCGACUCACUCCUCUAUGUCCUCCGUAACUGUCACUCAAAAUACAUGGAAAUUCGAGAACUUUUCAGGCAUGAUCGUACAAUUAAUGCGAUUAUGAUCUUUCUACACAAGGAGAGAUACAAUGAGGCAAAGAUGCUCUGGUUAAUUCAACUUAAGCUUGUAUCCGGGGAGUGUAGGUUCAACAUAUGUGAGAAAGUUAAUGUUUGGAGUAAGGUAGAGGAUCACUUGCCAAUGUUUAAUGAUCUGGCUUGUGCUAAGUACCAUUUUGAUGAAGACAGAGCAAGCCCUCAGAUCUCAGAUGAUGUCUACCAAAGCACACUAAGUGCAUUUGAAUGCUGCUGCGGUGAUGUCAAGUUUCUAGGGCUGAGGUACACAGACCCCCGCCUCGUACUGGUAAAUGUCAGUGGCCGUAGAGACAGAGCUCCCCAGUUUUACAUCACAGACAAAUAUGGCAGGACCUUUGAGCUUCAGUUCUUGCUGCUGUCAAACACAACUGAGCCUGUAAAGCAUAUGACUGGGUGCAGCAAACUAGAGGAUAGAUGGGUCCUCUAUGACAAUAACCCAGAGAAGCCACCUUUUGAAGAUUUCAACAUUGAGAAUGCAGAUUUUACAAAUCACUUUAUCAUUUAUUUGGCUGGAUAUGUCAACACAUCACAAGCUGGAGACAAAGAUGAAUCCCUAAAAGAUGAUGCGCCACUGGGAAUUCUUGAGGAUGGUUCUGAUUGUGGGACGAGGGUGUUUAGCAGCACUACGGGCCUCUCUACCAGGCCAGUAAAACUAAAGAUGUUUUGAGUAUUUUAAUAGAUCUUAGCCUUAACAUCAGAAAAGCACAGCACAACAACAUAUUCAGUGCAUGUCUGUGGGAAUUUUUUCCCAUGGAAACACAUGGUACGGUGCUCCUGGCAUGCAGGUUUUGGGUAUACGUUAGUACCCGAAGGAAAGUGAUUAAGUGAUCAUUUUUUUCAUCCCACAACCGGGGAAAUUCCACCUCGACAUAUAACCCAUCCGUGAAGUGAAACACCACAUACACACCAGU